CCUUACUAAGCCCUAGCUGAUUAGGCGGCCAUUUUGAAAUAAGUCAAUUUGAAGAUUUUCUCGAUUCAAUUCCAAUAUUUUGGCCCCAUUCAACCAUAACCCAAAAGUUGACAAGAACAGUGGCAGUGGUGACAAAAUAAAAUGGCCUGUCAAAUCAGUAGGCUGAAAGAAUUUUUAGACAGAGUUCUUUGUUUUGGUAAAUGAUAAAUUAAUAGUUUUCAAUCGAUGGAAAGCGAUGAACGAACACAGCAAAUUAUCGAACGAGCCUUGCAUCUAGCAGCCGAAGUAGCUGAAACGGACGACAGUAAUGUCCCUGUUUUACUGUUACAAUUAAAAGGUACACUUUUCAAUAUUUUUUUUCAUUCGUAUUUCUGUAAGAUAUCAGGAAGUUGCCAAGUUUGACAUCAGUUAGGCUAGCAAUUUGUAUGCAUAACAAAUGUAACCAUUCGAAUUAAGUCAAUUUGCAAGGCAAGUAUUGAGCUUAAGUAUUCAUCAUAGCAGACUGUGAACAAGGAGGAAAGUUUAAAACUGAACUGAAAUCCCAAGAGCUGAUGAAAAUUAUCCGUAACUUUCUGAAACAUUAAUGUAAGGUCAUUAGUAAUUACUUAUCGUGAAUAUUCUAUGAACAAGGUGAAGAUUUGAAAACUGACCUGGUCUCCCAAGAACUGCUGGAGAAAAUUAUAUGAAUAGUCUAAUUAGCUGCAGAAGGGCUUAUUAAUUUCCAAGGCUUUCAGAGUACAGUUUUUCCCCUCAGCUUACCCACUAAAGUGUUGAGGUAUAAGUGAAUUAUGAUAGUUGAUGUAUUGUGAUUAUUUUUUCUGUCAGACAUCCUCGACUUGGCUCCUCCGAGAAGUAGCUUGGGAGAAGUUCUCAGGAAUCAUCUGUGGAAUUAUGAUGUUAUUCAAGUUUGCAACCUAGGUAUGAGUAAAGUGCAUUGAAAUCUAUCAAAAUCAGACUUUGGUGUCCAGAUUGAGAUCACUUCGCAAGAGCUACUCUUCUAACAUUCCAUUUUUCUACUGGAAUAUUAUUUCACAGGGUUGGAAAUGAUUAAAAAAAUUGUUAAAAUUAGUGCUUUCCAUUCAAGUUUUAUUCUGAACAAAAUAUCAACUUUUAUUUUAUUUUUUAAGCUUUGAAGCAAGACUUUGCUGCAAUAGCAGGAGGAUGGGACACUGCCACCCAGUUGGGAGCCAUUUUAUGUCAGAGCUGUGUGGGUCUCAAACUUCCAGACAUGCCUGAGUAUGAAGAAAAAUUUCUCCCUGAUGUUGUUGAGAAUAUCUUGUCUUUGGCUGCAAAGUUGCUUGACUUCGUCGUCAAAACAAGAGUGGUAAGAUGUCCUACUUUGGUAGAUUAGUCAUGUUUUAGCCUAAUUCACAUUAGAUUUUCCACAAUGGGUGAUUAUUCAUUAGUAAAUUUUAUUCAUUAGAAAAUUUAGUAGGGAAAGGUAAGAUGAGAAUAGAAUACAAAAUGUCCCCAUGUCAGAAUUAGAAAUGAAAUAUAAUGAAACCAAAGAUAUUUCUGUACAGUGGCAGUGUACCAUCGGCUAGUAUUUUCACUGGCUUCUUGUUUCUUAAGCACUGCCAGCUAAAUGAUUAUGUUCAAUACCAGUCUUGAACUAAGAAAAAUUACGACUUUUUCCUUAUUUUCCUAUAUGCCCAAAGGAAUUUACUAUUAGACUUGAAAGAGAAGAUUAAUUGAAAGCAUCAGGAAAGGCUGGCCACCAAAAGUCUCUUAAGAACAUUUGACAAACUCUGGUAGAAAUGGCCCACAAGGCCAUUUAGACAUGCCCUACACCUGACUGGGUGUAAAUGUAAAUAUUUUUUAUUGACUUAAACACUUCAGGAAUCUAGAUUUCUUAUGAUAUCCUUGAGACAUUAUAAAUAUUUACUCUGAUUUGUUCUCUUCUUCCUGAAACAGAUGACUGAAAAACAGAAACAUUUUCAAAAUUUUAGGACAACACUGAUUUCCAUGGAGUGGCUUUACAGUUUUCAUGUUUUCCUCACUUUCAAUGGUAUUUGAUGCAACUUACCUUAAUUUUGUACAAAUCAUGUGUAUGUAUUUAAUAGACUACUUCCUAUCAAAACAAAACAACAACACUUCAUUUAAAAGGCAGGAUAAACCAGAGGUUCAAAGAGUAAUUUUCAUCUAGACCCUACUACUUUAAAAAUUGUAAAGAAAAAGAUCUAGAUAAAAAAAUAUAAAAAGUCUCCUAAUUACAAAUUUAGUGCAAUACAUAUCAGUAAGUAUACAUGUGAUUAUAAUGUUUUACAAACUGUGAUCAACAAAGCUAGGCUAUAGGUGACCUGUCAUUACAUGAGAAUUGCUCCAAUUUGGUAAAAAUCUAUUUUAAAACAUACGUUUUCAAAGUUGGAAUAGACUUCUUUAAAUAUUAAGUAUUUUUGAGUGAAGAAAUUGUUUUGGGUGCAACACUAUAUGAGUUCCACUUAAAAGACAUCAGCAAAGGAAAAGUUUGCUUGCUCAAGUUUGUUUUUGAUUUCUUGCAAUUGAAAGGCAUGAAACUUUUGCUGAAAAGUGAAACUUUCAAAAGUCAUGUACAUUUGUAUAAUGAUGUUCCUGGAAAACAGAAAUUAUAGACAUUCCACUGUCUGAUCAUAAUUUCCUUAUUUUGUAUGCAUGUGGGUGAAUCUAAUGUGAGUCUAUUUCUGUUUCUUUGCAGUGCUGCAAUCCAAGCGCUUUGUACAGAUUCUGAUGUCUGAAGAUGUUGACACAUCACUCUUUAGUUUGAUGAUUCUUGAAAAUAUUUUUAAAACAAACAGGUCUGAAAGUUUCAUUCAGUUACCUUUUUUUCAAAUUACAUGUUUGUUUAUCUUCUGUGCAGCUAUGAGACAAUGUAUUUUGACCCUUCAACUCCCAUGAGUGACUGAGAAAGAAUGUUUCCUCACAAUAUCAACACAAUAGUAAGCAGGCUAGUGCAGGAAAUGAAGAAAAAUAACAGUUUGGAGAUUAUUAGUUGAUCCAAUACCAAAUUCUCUGAACUGACAUCCUAAAAAUUUUACAGCAGACAUUAAGGAGAAUUACCAAAAACAUCUUGGGAUUGAAAGGGUUAAGUAAUGACACAUAGUCAACAAGACUGUUUAUAGUUGAUAUUAUGUCAUCUUAAAUGUUUUGUCAGGUUUUUGAUGGGAAAACUUGAACCGAAUGUCCUUUACAGCAUUUUGGAUGAGACUGUUUUCAAGAUAUCAGCCUCUGAAGAAUCUUCAGUUGCAAGGUGAAUUGUGAAACAGAACUGGCAUCGUUAAAGGUCUUUGUUGUUGCUUGUGGCUUCAUUGUUGUGCCCUGAUAGGUCUACUUUUGUUACUGGCUGACUGUUGUGCUGUCAAGACAGUUUGGACAUUAACAACUGAGUUGAUAAUGUAAAUUGGCCACCAAGAGUUUCUAAAGCUGUUGUUUUGAGCAAUAGCCCUUUAUCAGGGCCCUUCACUCAAGCCCUUUGCUCCAUUGGGGUGAAGCUCAAAAUGUCAGCUUUCAAAACUCUUUAUGGUGGCCAAUUUACAUUAUCAACUCAGUUAAGAAGACCAAAUUUUCAUAAAAUUUCCCAACUGCUCAGCACCAGUUUUUUUCAGAAACUUAUCUCCUUCAUUCAAUUGUUGUGCAGUCAGGUAAUGUGACAAUCAGUGGUACACGUGCAGGGCUGACAUUCAAGCUAUUUGCUAGCAGAAGACUUUGUCCAAAUAACAUCAACAGAUUUGGCAGAAUCAGAAUUCUGUAAAUAAAGAUACCUGCUAUCAAAUGCACAAUAGCCAGUUAGAUCGGCAUUGAAAAACAUCCACUUGUUGGAGCAAUAAUUGUUGAAAUAAAAAUGCACUGAUGGAAGAACAUAAAAGUGCAUCAAUAUGAUUAGUACUGUCAGUCAACAUACUGCAUAUUUUAUAAAACUUACCAUAAGGCCUGGUAUUGAGGAAGAAAGUUAUUAACAGAAAGUCACAAUCUACAAUUUACCAUCUUUCUUUUUCAAUCUACAAUUUAUGGCAACUCUAUGUUGUGAAAUGAAGGAUUUUAAAGACGUUCAUGUAUCAGAAUCCACUUCUUGCUUUCUUAUACUCAAAAUUAUUUGGCAACAUUUAAUUGUAUAGGGCAUCAAUUCACCUCAUUUUGACAGCAACAGAUGUUCACCCACCAAUCCUUGAAAUUUUGCUCUCAAAAAGAUACAGGUGAGUUUGAAAUGGCUCUACAACUUGCAGUAAAGCACUUAACCCUGUGACCACUGAGUAGGAGUGACUUGCUUCUAAUUUCUCCUUACAAUAACACCCCUAACUCAAGUAUGAAGAUCAUUAGAAUAAAGGAGGGAUCACCAAUUUAAAGAGGCCCUUCUCCUCCCUUAAACCCAUUCAAUGACUGAUACAAUACAUAAAACCAAAGCUCUUCAAACCCUUCCCUCCCCUCCCCAAGGUCUUGGUAAUCUAGAACCCAACGAGCGAGGUGAGGCAUUCAGUACUAGUUUUUCAAUAUUAUUCAUCUGACUCAGUGUCAAACAAUAAACGUUGUAUUAUUCUAAAGAGAUGUCAAGUAACCAUCUUCUUUUUAGGGGUUUGAAGGCGUAUCUCAGUAAGUGGAAGGCGAGAGGGUUUGAUAAUGAUGUGAAGAGACUUGUGUCUUUACUGGAGGCUGGUUCGAUUGCUCAAGCUGAGCAAAUGGUACGCAAGUUGAAAAAUUAAAAUUACGAUUACUCUUAAAGCAGUUGUUGUUAUUGUUUUUUUUUACGCCGGGUUACAUUGUUUACUAAGUGUAAGUUUGCAUUGUUUACUAAGUGUAAGUUUGCAUUGUAAGGUCGUUGGUUCCAAUUUCUUUGGGUAUCUUUUUGUCCUGUGCUUGUUUUUACUAAAUUUAAGGGGGCACUGCCGUUAAGUACCUUAAGUUUCAGAUGUAUCAGCAGUUUUGCGAUUCGAUAUCGCUGAUUUUUCAUUCCAGAGGUAUAAGUUGUUCCAUCGAUCAAAAGAUCAGAGCAAACUUUAGAGUGACAUAAAUUUUGAGGAUUCCCGUUAAGUUAUAGUUUCUAUGUGAUUUUUGAUCUUAGAGACUCUCUCGCGCUGCCACGGCUAUCCAAGCAUUUUACCGCGGCUCCAGACAGCGUCAGCGCCUCAAACAAGCGGAGUUGGGAAUCAUUCUACUUCAGCGAAAAUUCAGACAACGCCGCUUGGACAAGGAGCGAGCAAAGGAGAAGGGGAAGCGGCGGGAAGAACGCAAAUUGGCUCUGGAACAGAAAAGAAUCAACGAGUUCAGAUCGUCCAUGCAAAAACAGCUGAAGAUGUUGGAAAGCGUACCUGCCAGAGAAGUGAACUUGUUUAUGGAAGAAAAUCAAGUGAAGGCAGCAAGUAAAAUACAAGCGGCGUUUCGCGGCAUGGUGGCGCGAAAGAAAUAUCGUGAACGGAACGAGGAAGUAACUCGAGAGAGAGCAGCUGUUACCAUCCAGCGACAAGUGAGCAUGGGAAUUUUUAUCUUUGGAAACUUUGGGAGAGAUGGUGAGAUUUGGAGGGGGACGUGCGAAAAGGAGAAAAAGAUGGGUUAGAAGGGGGAGGCUGUUCCAAAAAAAAAAGAAAAAAAGAAAGUAUAUAAAGAUUGGUUAUUCCUGGGCGGGAAAAAGUAAAAGGAACUUCGUCCCUGGUUAUUCUAUGUAAUCUCAAAAACCGGCCACUACAAUUCUCUUUUGUUCAUUUUUAAAGGCAAGGAUGAAAAUCAUUUGGUUUCUGGAACUUAAUUUCCUUUGUUAAUUAAUUGUUCUAUUUUUUACCGUAGUUUCGCCGAUAUCAACAGCAUAAAGCAGAUCGUAAAACUCCUUAUCCCGUUGUGCCUGGUUUGACUGACGCAAGACGCGCCGAACUGCAGAACAUGAUCGCAGAGCGUCGCCAGAGGUUCCCAGUAAGUUUUGCAACUUUAAAUUUUGUCAUUCAUCAUCUUUUAAGUUCGUCAUUUGUGGUCCUUGUUACUCUUCGCCACCCUUGACCAUUCAGAACUGAGUUUUCUCGUUUUUGUUUGUUACUUUCUGCACUGGAGAAGGAUUAUUGGAGGAUUUCAAGCUAUUUUAGGGUGGUUAAAGGAACUCAAAUUUCGCGAAGAACCUUCAACGUGCGUCAAAGCCCGCUGAUGUUAACGGUUGUUUUUGUUUGUUUGUUUGUCUCUUUGUCUCUCUAAGGCAAAACACAGAACCCAAGAGGAAUUUAAAGAGCUUCACGAAAAGGUACCACAGGGGUUAACUUACCGAUUGGUAAUCUUUUAGUACUUACCAAAGAAGAGUACCUCUUUUUUUAAUCGUAUGCAAAGGGUAAAGCCUUCAAGCUGGCUGGUGCAUUUGAGUUACUUUCAAUUUGUUUGAAGUGUCCUGAAGUGAAGAUUGUGGUACAGAAGAUUGCUUUAAAGAAUAAGUUUUGAAAUAUGGGAGGGAUAGACGCGAUUUUUGACCCCUUAACUUCUAGAUAGAAUUUGUAAUUCUCCUUACUGUCAACCAUACAAUUCUUGUAAUGUUAGCUCAGAGAAUUUAAUAUUGGAUCAACUUAUUAUCCCCAAAUUGAUAUUUUUCUUUUUUCUCAUCACUUAUCUGGUUGAUAUUGUAUAAAUAGUGUAAGGAGAAAUUCUUUCUUGAUCACUUAUAGGAGUUAAAGGGUUAAAAUAAACCUUUAGGGGUAGGGUGUGUGAAGUGUAAGGUCAAGAUUAGUCUCGUACCCAGACCUUCCACGGCCGAGCUACAUUUCAGUUACAGUUAAAAGGUAGGAUAUGGGUACCAGAUAAGGUCAAGAGAGGUUGUAUUAUAGUUGCCACUUGCGGACUAUUGUUGGUAAUUGCUGGGCAUUUUCGCCCCGAGUACUUAUUUCCGGGUUUUAAUUGAGAGUGUGGAGUUCUUAGUUUGAAAAGAAACAUUCAGUUUAAACUUUCCAUUUUUUUUUUUCACCAGGCGUUUUCACUUCUUGCCAAUCACGUGUUGUCUAACAUGAAGAUAAGAAAGAGUGAACAGAGAAGGGAAGCGUUGCUGGCCAGGCUGAACGUGGAGGCAGAUCAGCUCUUAGGUGACUGAGGACUGAAAAAUAAAUUCUUCUUCUUUUUUUCUCUUUUUUUUUUUCGGCGAUUCAGAGAAAGCGAAACAAUAAAAAGUAUACCUAGAAAUCAGUCACUGGGCAAUGGAUAUGUGUAUAUAAAGGGAACUUUUCAGCGCCUGUUGAGAACAUUGGAGAAAAGUUUGGAAUCGCCUUAAAGAAAGCAUUUCUUGUGGUCUGUUGUUUUAAGAAUUAUGUACGAACCAAGUGGGCGAAUUGUGGUGGUGAAUGAGUUGAAAGCUACUUUUCUCUUCCAACUUAGUGUAAAUUUUUUCUUUGAACUUAUUUUGUUAUUAUUUUUACAGCUUCUCCAAAGCUUCAUGAGGUUACUCCCGACAUUCUUGACUCUUUUACUUCAAGAUCAGCGCCCGUGAUAGCCAGGGCACAGCAGUGUCACAACGAGGAAAUGCGCGGACUCAAGCUUCCUUGGUGGAAAAAGUUAUGGGAUGAGGAGGAAGCGGAAGGGCUUGGGGAGAGGCCGGGAAGUCAAGACGACGAACAAUUUAAUUUUUGACAGUAAAGUUUUCGGUAGAAAAAGAAAACGUACACCAAACUAGGACACUUGCGUCUAAAAUCGGACAUAAUUGUCUUUCAUUGGACUCUAUGGCUACUAAAACCGGCCACUUUUGUCUAAAUUUUGAGACGGGUGUUUUAGUGAGACUCUCUUGUUGCCUAAUAUGUGACGCCAGAAGCUUAUAGCCUUUGGUCAUGAGCCUCUAGUGAGACAACCUGUCGCUUAUCCAAUUUUUUUUCUUUUCGUUCCUAUCUGCCUUAGUUUGUUUCAGAUUUUUCAAAUUGUGAACUCUUCGAGU